AUGAACCGGUUAGGGCAGGCAACAUACAACGAAGACCGAGAUACAGCUCAAAUCCGAACCCAUAAGGAGAUUGAAGCUGUUAGGUCAAUUCUUGAGGAAGCAAAACCGAGAAACUUGACCCUGUCUGGGACGAGGACGUUGGUCUCUGAUAGUUUCAUCCCGAAAACCUAUCACGCCUAUAUCAGAGAAGCUGAGGUAGAGCUGUUGAGCGGUGCCACCGUCCGUAUCAUUUCUUCAUCACGUUUCGAUGUUGAAAUGAAGUCUACGGCUUCAUCUCCAAACGACCCAAGACAAAGUGAUGUGGAAAUCGGUGCUGACACCUACGAAAUUGUGCAAAACGUUAUUAUCUAAAAGCCGUUUCAACAGGUGUGGAUAGCUCAACACUGUACCCAGCGAAUGUAGCGACCUGCUGACGGUGAGAGAACGGAAAGAUGUCGUGUAAAGAACUGUUUGUAGAUCGAAUCCUGAAUAUGCAACAAGUUGAUGUGAACUACAUAUGUUUUCGCCAUACGUAUUUGUUGUUCUCUUGUAUUCACAGAUCGUUAUAUAUAGAGUUCAUAAACGCUUCUGUUGUCUUC